CAAACUUUUUAUAUUCAACUUUUUCUUUUACUCUCUAUUCUUUUUCUUUUACUUCAGCAAAAUUCAUGUCCAUCUAGCUUCAAUUGCAUGAUAUUGGGAUUUUUUACUUGAUACCUGUUAAUUGAAAUCAGGGAAUCGACAAUACUUUCCCGUCUGACUUUAGAACAGUUUUUUUUCAAUUAUUUCCAUGAAUAACGUCAGAUUAAGUUCAAUAACCAACAAGAAAAUAAACAAAAACAAUUAGAAAGGGAAAAUUUAUAACAAAUCCAGAAAAAGGGUUAUCCUUUCAUCUACUAAAAUAAGAAUAUACAUACCAAUGGCAAAGAGAGAUCCCCCUAUAAAAAGAAGUAGAACAAGAUCUGGAUGUCUAACAUGUCGUGAUAGGCACAUGAAGUGUGAUGAACAAUUACCUAUUUGUAGAAAUUGUAUUAAAUCAAAACGAAAAUGCUACAGGGGAAUAAGAUUAAAUUUCACACAGUAUACAAUGUAUAAUCCCAAAGAUCUGAUACCAAUUAAUGAGUACGUCUUACCACCAGCAUCAUAUCGUUUGUUAGAUCAGUCCAUAACCAUAGCCUCACUUUACAAAAAUGGUAAGGAAUCUUAUCAACCCUAUAUUCAUUUACAUACAAACCAAGAUCUAGAAGAGUCGGAUAUGCAAUACCAUGAGGAUUUAUAUACAAGUGUACCCACUGCAGCAUCGACAUCAUUAAGUGUUUCUUCAAAAAGUAAUUCAACCGUAACAGUCACUGGAUCCUCUAUUUCUACAAUAAAUGACAAUCAAUAUCUACCGCAGUUAGACACAAAUACUGUGUUGGAGAACUAUAAUAUAACUAAUGUUUUACUAAACGAUAGCUAUUUUAUUAACCAAAGUAUCAAUAGUCCCUCAUCUUCAUCUAAUCCGCAACCAUUAUUUGAUUCUGGAAAUUCACAAAAGUUCCAGUUUUUACCUCCAAAUUUACAGAGCAUAUCUACGCAAUGGUCGAACCAAAAUUUAAUUUCAGCAAACACAGAAACUUCACCGACAUCAACUAUAGGCUAUCCACAGCAAAACGUUGAUAUUCACGCUUAUAUAAGUUUAAUUGAGAAUGAGAAAUAUUAUUGGUUAUUGGAUCAGUUUAACGAACAAAGCAUAUGGAAAUCUAUAGUGCCUUUAUACUGCUUACAUCAACAAUAUCAAUUGCCAUUAUUGACAAGCUGCCUUAUGAAUUGUUCAUAUCAUUUCAGUAUAGAUGUGUUGACUACUAUACUUGAUCAACAAUUAACAUACUGGUACACGAUUCGAAAUACAUCAGUCAUUAAUUCAAUAGAAAUCGCAAAGUUCACCAACAUUUUAUUAAGUAUUACACUUAUACUAUUAAGCAUCUACCUUAAAUAUCAAAGAGAAGCCAUGACAUUGCCUCAAAUUUCGACCAUAAUAGAAAACCAAUGUAAAAUAUAUAAUAUGGUCAUACAUAAAAUCAGUAACUAUUUAAGUUCAGGGAAAAGAGAACAAAAGUCUGUAUUAUUAAUAAGUUCAAUUCAUUCAAUCAUUAUUUUAAAAUAUUUCAUAAUUAAAAAGUUUCAGUUCGAAUAUCAACAAGAUUACAAUUAUACUAAAAUUGCUAAUUCAAUUGCUGAAUCGAACGUGGAAUCAUCAUUAGUUCAAGAACAAGAAUCAUCUUCCAGUGAGAUCAAAGAAAGAAAUUCUUCUGCUUCUUCUCAAGAGUUUCCUAACAUAGAUAUAAUGGAAGAUGUCAUAUAUACUCCAUCAUCAUCUGUGGGGCAAGAUCCUCUUCAUUCUGUAUCAUUAAUUAAUUUAUUUCAAUUAAAUCAAUUUGAAAUACUGCAUUUAAACCAAUCCUUCAAAAAGCUAGAUUAUGUACAGCUUAAUUAUAGAUAUGAAACAAGUAAUCAAUCAGCUAUUCCAGUAAAAAGUGAUUCAUUGAUUCUUCGAGAAUAUAUGUGGUAUUUAAUUAGAUUAAAUCAUGUUUUAUUAAAUCCUCAUAUAAAAUCAAUUGAAAUUGACUAUAAUUUCAUAUUCAAUAAUCUGAGCAGGAAUAAUAUUGUUUUACCAACUGUAGAUAUCAAUGCUGCAUCGUACACAAUAGUUCUUCCUAACGACAAAGGUAUAAUAAUCAACUUUCUACAAGAAUUUAUCAACAAGCUAAUUAACUUGAAUAACAAAUAUGUAAUUCAACAAUCAAAUAGCAAGAUAAUCUCAAUAUUCAAGUUAAUUGAUGACUCGUGUAAAUUUGAAGAAGAGAAAUCUCGAUGGAAAUCCAACUUCGACUGGUUAUUGAAUUUCAUAACCGAUAAUGAUUAAUGAAUUUUUCCGCUCAAAAGUUAUGCCCUCAUUACAACAGUUUCUUCCUUUAUCUACGAUUUCAUUCCUUUUAAUUCUCCUCCUUUAAUCUAUUUCGUAUUUUCUUUACUGCAUAAUUACAAAAUUUCUAGCUCAUUAUAUCAAUACAUCUAUCAAUAUUAAAUGUCAGUUCUAUAGUAUUUACCAAAGGAAGAAAUUAUGGUUCUGCCAGCUAGUGGGCAUAUUUGUAUUGCUUAAAUAUAUAUAGACAUUAAUAUUAGACUAGCAUUCAAAUCCAGCUAUAGUAUAGAAUGUA